UUUCCUGAGGAGAGGGAGAGAGAAUCCAGUGCCCCAGGGAACUUGUAUUCUUGUCAUCCCCGACACUCAAUACAGUCGAUUCUCCUUAUUCACGGUGGCUACGGUCUCUAAAGUCUUGCGAACACUGAGUCACUGGCACUGAACCAUCGCCUCUAAAGGAAGUGAAUUCCACCUGGAGGCCAAAGCCCUGGAGAAAGCGUUUUCACUUAGCACAAGGCGACACGUAUGAGAAUAUUGUUUGCACCCCUGCUUGAAAGAGCACAAUAUUGCAGAAACAUAAAAAGCCACCUUCAGAAGGACGUACCCAUAAAAUACAGUAUGUCCAUACACUAGAAUAUUCAACAUUUCUGCAAAGGAAAGAACUGAGCUCGAUGUAACAACACAGAUGAAACUCACAAACACAGGGUUGAGCUGGUGAGGACAAAAGCCAGCCGCAGAAGGUCACCGAGGUGAUGCUAUUUAUACAACAUUUAAAAACAUGCAAGGUGAUACUCUAUAGCAGUUAGAGAUUCAUACGUAUGUAGCAAAAGUUGUUUAUUUUUAAAUGAAGACUAACAAACAUGUGGUUGGCGAUGGUGGUUACCUCUGGGAGAAAAGGAAAGGAUUUGGCCUGAGGAGGAAACUGAGGCACAGAGGCAGUUGGACACUUGUCGGAGAGCAUGCACAGAGCCAGGAGAGGCUCAUGAGAGGAGCUCUUGGGGGCUGGCAGGAAGGACACAGGAGGGGACAGGCAGGAGGCCCAGAGGAGGACACAGCCACAGCCCUCCAACGGCUCGUGGAGCUGACGGCCACCAGGGUGACCCCAGUGAGAAAUCUGCGUCUCCAGUAUCGCCUCAUCCGAGAGCUCGGCUCUGGCUCCUAUGGCCGCGUGCUCCUUGCCCGGCCUCGCCAAGGGGGUCCAGCUGUGGCUCUGAAGCUCCUGCCUCGGGACUCGGUCCUGAGAACUACCUUCCUAAGAGAGUUCUGUGUGGGCCGCUGCGUCUCGGCACACCCAGGCCUGCUCCAGACCCUGGCGGGACCCCUGCAGACCCCCCGACACUUUGUCUUUGCUCAGGAGUUUGCACCCUUUGGGGAUCUCAGCGGGAUGCUGCAGGAACGGGGCCUCCCAGAGCUGCUGGUGAAGCGGGUGGUGGCCCAGCUGGCCGGAGCCCUAGACUUCCUCCACGGCCGGGGGCUGGUCCACGCAGACGUCAAGCCAGACAACGUGCUGGUCUUUGACCCUGUCUGCAGCCGUGUGGCCCUCGGUGACCUGGGUCUGACUCGGCCUGAGGGCAGUCCAACCCCUGCCCCCCCAGGGCCUCUGCCCUCUGCUCCACCUGAGCUCUGCCUCCUGCUGCCACCAGACACCCUGCCCCUGCGACCAGCAGUGGACUCCUGGGGCCUGGGAGUGCUUCUCUUCUGUGCUGCCACUGCCUGCUUCCCUUGGGAAGUGGCACUGGCCCCUGACCCCGAGUUCGAGGCCUUUGCUGGCUGGAUGACCAGCAGGCCCCAGCCAGCUCAACCACCACCCCCUUGGGACCAGUUUGCAUCCCCAGCUCUGGCAUUGCUUCAGGGGCUUCUGGACCUGGAUCCUGAGACUAGGAGCCCCCCACUGGCUGUCCUGGACUUCUUGGGGGAUGAUUGGGGGUUGGAGAGGAACAGAGAGGGACCUGGGGGCUUGGGGAGUAUGUCCAGUGAGAAUGGGGAGGAGGAAGAGGAGGGGGCAGCAAGCCUGGAGGAGUGGACAGAGGAGGAGGAGGAGGAGGACGACAAAGGUGGCAGGAUGAUGGGGACAGAUGGGGGAGCUCCCUGACCAGGUGGCUGAGACAGGUGGUCAGAGCCUGGGCCAAAGUCCCCUCCCCCAGCCCCAUGGCCACCUGGAUAGGAAGACAGCUGCUCCCAAGAGGACAGAAAUGGAACUCAUUGCAUCUCUCCCUACUGAAGGCUGGACUGGGAUACACAAUUCCCCUCUUGACUGAGGACCCCGGAGUCCCAGACCCCCUGCCCCUCCCCAGUCAAACCCAGGGGUCUUAGCCCCCUCCUCCCUCAAGAACCUUUCCUCUUCCUUCUGCCCGGAAUGUGUCUUCUUGAGUGAAGGCGCUGUUCCCCCUACAGAUGCAUUUCUGCACUGUGGGAACAUGUUGAGUGCUCAUCAUGGAGUUCUGAUAGAGUCACCCCUCUCCUCCAAGACCUUGGAUGACUCCCGCUGUCCGUAGCAACAAAUUUGGGCUUUCAGGAUCCAACACUAUGGAAACCUUGCCCUCUGCCUCUCCCGUUUCCCUGGGCUCUGGAUGACUGGGGAGUCACUCAUCCUUUCUGGACCUAAAUUUACACACACACGCACACACACACACGCACAUGUGCACACGCAUACAUGCACACACGCAUACAUGCACAUACACGCAUGUGCACUCUCCCACUUGCAGAUGUUUGCACAUCCUGUGUCCUCCCCUGAGAACACCUUCCUCACGGCUCCGUGCCUCCAGAAAUUGGCCCCGCCCCCGCCCCCUCUCCUGCCGGGAGGAGAAUGCGUCAGGAAUGCGUAUCUGAGUGAUCCGUGUCUCCAUCUUUUUUCCAUCUCCGCUCUCAGGCUGUCCAGACUGGACAUGGUCUUUCUCAUUUCCACACGCUUUUAGGUUCUGCUCCCACAUGGCAGGUACCCUGUACCUACCCACUUGCUGAGAGCACAGAGCACACGGCGUGUGAUUGUCCCAGCUCCCUGUGCCCCUCAGACCCAUCUGUGCUGGGGGCCUCAGCUGAUUUGGAUGCAUCUCAUAUCGCCCUGUGCCACCGCCGUCACAGCACGCGUGCCCCUGACUUGUGGUGCUUCCUGCCUGUGGGACAGGGGCUGCGUGGGUCCCACACCAUGUUCCCAUCACCUGGCACAGGGUCAGAAAUGGGGAACUGUGCUUCCUCCACAGGGAUCUGCCCUACGUGCUUUCUCGAGGUAAAAAAGCGAGUUCAUUAAGUGCCACCUGGUCUCUGGGUUGGACGCUGGGACAGAAAAAGGCUGUGGCUGGAAGCACGGGUGAAACCAGAAGAGCCCAGCAUUUGAUGGUGAAUUUCUUAGUUUGGACCAAUGUCCCACUGGCUGCAUGAGAUAGUCACCUUCGAGGAGCUGGGUGAGGAGACCCAGAGCUCUCAGCAUGGUCUCUGCCGCGGUUUUAUAAACCUAAACCUAUUCUGAAAUAAAAAGCUUAUUUAAAAAGAA